CGAUUUAUUUAGAUCUCUCAAGUGCUAAGACCAUCCAAAUGAGUAUCCGUUUCUGGUGGUAUAUACCGAUACCGGCUUUUCAGCACGAAUCGAUCAUUACACGGUGAUUUUGUUUGUGGAUAAAACCUGUUGAAAUGGACCGUCUGAAAUAACAUUUCAAGCUCUUAAACGAUAAGAAAAUAUAACCAUUCAUAGGGUCGAUCAAUUGUUCAUUCUUCUGGAAAUAUGACGGAAUUAAAAGAAAGAAAGAAGGGAGAGAUCAAUCAUGGCUUCGAACCUGAGUACGAGAAUGGACCAACGUCUUACAAUGAAAAAGCCAUCGAGAUCAUUGACGGCCCCGACAACGGUGAAGGGGUAAAAUUAAAAAGAGAAGUUGGUCUACUUGGAGCAUUUGCUUACGUGGUUGGGUCGAUGAUUGGAUCUGGUAUUUUUGUAUCCCCCAAAGGAGUUCUUGCUUCAACAGAGAGCGUUGGGAUGAGUCUCGUUGUAUGGGUGGUAUGUGGUAUAGUUGCACUGUUAGGCGCUUUGGUGUAUACCGAAUUGGGUCUGAUGCUCCCCAAAUCUGGUGCUGAGCACACGUACUUGAACACGACCUUUGGUUCAUCCAUAGCCUUUGUGUACGCAUGGGUUAGUAUCACUGUUAUUCGUCCCGCAGGCAUCGCUAUCAUCUCAUUAACCUUUGGUCAGUAUAUGGUGGCGCCCUUCUACACUGGUGAAGAAUGCGGACCACCUGAUAUGAUUGCAAAGCUUUUAGCGGGUUGUUGCAUUGUCUUGCUGGCAAUAAUCAAUUGUUACAGUCUGAAGGCCGCUGCUCGAGUUCAAAUCAUAUUCACAGUGGCUAAACUUCUAGCUCUUGCAGUCAUUAUAAUCCUUGGUUUUGUGGAGAUUGGUCAAGGGAACACUGAAUAUCUGGACCCAAAGGAAUCCUUCAAAGGUUCGGCCUCUAAUGUUGCUGCUUAUGGACUCGCCUUCUAUGCAGGGUUAUGGUCCUACGACGGAUGGAACACGUUGAAUUUUGCCGUAGAAGAAAUGAAGAGUCCAGAAAAAACAUUACCCCGUGCUAUUUUACUGGGUCUACCAGUCACUACAGUAGUCUACCUUCUGACAAACAUUGCCUACUUCACAGUCCUCAGUCCAGAACAACUUAUGCAGUCAGAUGCAGUCGCCGUGACAUUUGCUCUCCAGACUAUGGGUCCUGCCUAUUGGUUGAUCCCCGUAGCUGUUGCUAUGUCAACGUUCGGAGCGGCUAAUGGCGUAUCUUUUAUCGCUUCAAGGUUAGCCUACUCGGUGGCACAAGAAGGUCAUUUCCCCCAGGUAUUAUCAAUGGCACAACACAAGAGGGUAACGCCUGUAGUUUCCUUGAUAGUUGUGUCUGUGAUCGCACUGAUUCUCCUGUUUGUUUCGAGCGAUUUGGAUAGUUUGUUAAAUUAUUUCAGCUUUGCUUCGUGGUUUUUCUAUGGUAUCACCGCCUUCACCUUCCUCUAUCUCAGAUACAAACACCCUGAUUGGAAGAGGCCAUACAGGGUACAUUGGAUAGUAGCAGUUUUCCUCCUAAUCGCCUCUAUAUAUUUCAUCAUCGCACCUAUCAUCAACGACCCCGCCCUCGAGUUUCUCUUCGCUGCUAUCUUCAUGGUCGGUGGAUUGAUUUUCUGGAUACCUUUUAUUCACUACGGAUAUCAACCAAAAUUCAUGGAACGUUUCACAACCUUCUGUCAGCUGUUUUUCGAACUUAUUCCGACAUACAACACGGAACUGGAGGAUCAGUCGACCAUGGAUGACGUUAAUGAAGAUGGAGCCAGCUCAGAAUAAUGUAUUAUACUAAUGAUAACACGGU